AAUUGUUAUUUCAACCUUUCAAUCGAAUCAGUCGAACGAACAAAUAAAUUUCAUUUCAACACUUUUGAAAAUUCAUAGUAAAUCAUGCAAGCUGUAUUCACUUUGACGAUUGUAUUGGGCGUUUUGAUAGCCUUCACCAUUGCUGCAGCGCCAUCUGAAGAAAAGAAGAAAGUAUUAAAUGAGUGCAAAGCUCAGGAAAAAGCUACAGAUAUCGAAUUACAACAGAUAUUGAGCAACAAACUGCCACAAUCAAUGAACGGAAAAUGUUUGACAGCUUGCUACUAUGAGAAAACUGGAGUGAUCAAGAAUGGUAAAGUUGUUGCCGAUGCAUUGAAAGCAAAUGUGAUGAAAGAGUAUCCAGGUGGUAAUGCAAAUGGAUUUGUUACUGAAUGUCAAGGAGUCAACCAUGGACAACGCUGUGAAUUGGGUGCGUUAGUGAACGAAUGUGUGAACAAAGCAGCUGUUAAAUUUGGACCAAAAUAAAUUAAAUGUCAUGUUGAUUGGAUUGCCCAUUUUUCUCGAUAGAUUUGAAUAAAUACAAAAUUUGAGUGUACGCAUACUAA